CCCAGCGGCCUGAGGCUGGCGCGGCGCGGGCCGGGUGAGGAGCGCACGGUCAGGGCGCAGCGGGGUAGCGGGGCGCCGCCGGCUCUCGCCUCCUCCCUAGACGGGACGUGGCGUCGACUGCCGCGGUCUCCUCCGACCCCUGGCGAAAGCCAUUGAGAAACCAGCUGGACGUCACGCGCCGGAGCCUGUCUGGGAGUCAGAGCUAGGCGGCUCCAUCUCCGCAGCUUCCGCGGAUCCCCGAGAUGCGGCCGGCCUGGGGAGCCGGGUCCCUCGCGCUCCUGCUCCGGCUCCUCCAGCUCGCCUACCUGACUCUGCCAGGCAAUGGCAACGAGGGCAGCGUCACUGGAAGUUGUCACUGUGAUAAAAUAAUUUCUUCGGACUCCCCGCCAUCGGCUCAGUACAUACAUCAUCUUCGAAAACAUCUGAAAUCUUACCAUCACUGUCCGCGCUACAUCAGGUUCCAGCUGCCUCUCCGAAGCGUGUGUGGGAGCAGCAAGGACCCAUGGGUUCAGGAAUUGAAGGGCUGCCUUGAUCGGAGAGAAUGUGGACAUGCUUACUUGGGGAGUGCAGCCCACCGGGAGCAUUUGCCUCCUACCAGCCCCCCUACUUCUCGGGCCUCAGAGGGGACAGCUUCAGAUAUCCGUACCCCUGCCCAGAUGCUCCUGUCCACCUUGCAGCCCACUCAGCAGCCCACCCACCCACCAGAAUCACUAUCCUUGGACGAAGAGCUCACCCAUCCCAGUGAAACCACCAUUCCCACUGCGGGCCACAGUCUAGGAGUUGGAUCUGAGGCUGGGGAGAACCAGAAGCGGCUGGAAAAAGCACCUGAUCCUGCAGCCGGGACAUCAGCCAUAGCACCGGUGCUGUCCCUCCUGGCCAUAGUCUUCAUCCUCACAGCAGCACUUGCCUAUGUGCUAUGCAAGAGGAGGACGAGGCAGUCACCACAGUCCCCUCCAGAUCUGCAGCUCUAUUAUACACCUGUGGCACCUGACUCUAAUAUCUGAGAGAUGGGCUCUCACUAUGUCGCCCAGGCCAUUCUGGAACUCGUUGUCAAGUGAUCCACGCACCUUGGCCUCCUGAAGUGUGAGGAUUAUAAGUGUGGCCUACCACAUCCACCCUACAUGUAUUCCCUCUGUUGGAGCUCCAAACACAACACCUCAAAACAUGGCACCUUGGUAAUUAAGAAAACAGCAGAUGUAGGCCAGGCGCAGUGACUCACGCCUGUAAUCCCAGCACUAUAAAAAAUA